GACGCACAACAAAUACAAAUAAGAAAACAACAAGAACUCUCUGAAUACCAAAUUCUAUUGACCGAAAUAGAAGCGUGGCUUGAAACCGUUAAGACAACCAUCUCAACUUACAAGUUGACGGACGAAACGUCGAUAGAAAACCACAUUCGACACUGCGAAACACUCAACAAGGAAUUAUCGGAGAAAGAGAAAAAAUUGAAGGAUCUGUCAAGAAUCUGUCGGGAGUUCGAAAAAUACCCAGACUUGCAUGGUUUGGUGAUUGCCCUACUUGAACAACUCAGGAUACUCACGGAAAUAUUUGAAGAACAGAAAACUAUCAUCACUACAAGGAUAUCUGUCUGUAAUAAACAGUUGGAGGAAAUACGCGCCAAGCCUCCUACUCCAGAUUUAUCCCUGGAGAAUACCCUGGAUUCAACUUCUAUGCCCAUAGAAGAAAUUCCUGUCCACGCCGACGUCAAGCACGUGACUCAAGAGUUCCUUGCGAGAGAAGCAGUGGCUAAAGCGAGCGCCACCAUCGAAACGCAAACCGGUAGAAGUUUGAGCUCCCCCGUGGAAGAACCAGUCACUAAAGACUUCACAGUUACUUAUAAUGAACCUGUAGACGCGCAAAUUCAAACACAAAUGUCGCAGCCUUCGAGUGAGGCUGAGCAAGCUCAGCAUAAACAAACCAUAACCAUAUCCAAACGCACUAGUGGAGGACAAGAAACCAUCCAUAUCGCAACCAAACCAAUGAUACCCGACCCACAACCUGUCGUUGAAGAACCAGACGACGUGUUGGUCGAGGCUAACUACAGAAAGCGACCUGAAUCAGAAACCGGGCUAACGGAGCUCAACAUAACAAAUGUGGGCAGUAACCAGCCUUUUGAGACGGUAUUCGUCGAACCAGAUGAAACUACUACUGAAGUUAUAGUCGACGCCGACGGCACUAAGAGAAUAAUCGUCAAGAAGCUGCAUAGAACUGUGGUGAGGCAUCAACAGUCCUCCCAGCAGCAGCAAUUCUCCACCCUAAGCACUCUAACGGAGGGAGAUGUUCCUAUCAGUCAAUCUUUCUCCCAAAUAACCCUGCAAGGACAGCAGAGCGCCACUACCGUCGCUAAGGGUGACGGCAGUCGAGCAACUCUAACAAGCCACCAAUACGGAGGAAAAGUUAUUUCGGGAGCACCAGGAGGAGAAAUCGAUGUUCAUGAAUAUCAAACCGAACCAGAAACUCACUUUUCCGUCGUUGGGCCCACGUUGAAGCCUGAAGAAGUCGAGGUGCAGGGCAUCAAGCUACACGAAGGCGAUAUCACUUUCAUAAACGACGAAAACAAUCAGUUGAUCCCUGCGGGCCAAUCCCAUAUCGAGGGCAAUGCUAUACACACCUCUAGCUCCAGCGUACGCGCAGUCGUCCAACAAGUCACGAGGAGGAUCAUAAGAAAGACUCGAAGGAUAAUACGCAGAACGGUUAUAAUUGACGGCAAAGAACACGUUACAGAGGAAGUCGUUGAAGAACCGGAAGAAGUUGAAGUAACAGAGGAAGGAAUACCUAGGGUGAGCAUCAAUGUGACCAGGACUGAAAACGGAAAAGUAGUAACGGAACAGCAGUUCGGGGAGGAACCUAUAACAGUACAUCCAGACGUCUCAGUUACUCAAAAAGUAACAUCUGUCGUGCUAGAUUCUGACGGAAGACCCGUUGAGAAAGUCCCGGAAACUAUCAAGAUAGUUACCCAGCCAGAAGAGAGGUAUGUUGUAGCACUCCAACCUGAAAUUGCACCCCAAGUCACAGAACCUGUUGAGGUAGUUAGCGAAGGAAGUAAAAAGUCUUCCGGAAGUAUUAUAGCCGAUUUCAUUAACAACGAGAAGCUUGCUAUUAGUCUUAUUGAGAGUAGUGAAGUUGCUGAAGCACCUAGAGUUGAUGCUGCACACCCAGAUGUUGUAAUGGAAGGUGAAAUCGCCCAAGAUAACGGCUUGAAAGAAUCAAUAAAACAAAUGAUUUCUGUUGAAAUAGGUGCACCCCAUCCUACUGAAGUCGAUGUCAAACGUACCGAAACACCAUCCACUAAAGAGGUACCUGCAUCGGAAUCUACAGAGCGUCCAGUAAUAAAAUUUACUUCUGAUUCUGCUGUUACGGUUUCGGAAAUCGACAUAGAAUCUCCACAACGCUCAGUAGAUUCCACCACUUUCACAAUUGAAAAGCACUCAUUAGUAGCGGAACCGCACUUACCUGAAACAAAAAUUGAUAUACAACCCACCGAAGCUGUUAUAGAAACAUUAUUUUCAAGAGUAGAUGAAGCUGAAACUGUCAAAGAUGAUUCAGGAUCAGAAAUUAAAAAGAUAACAGAAACAAAAAUUUCUUCUGUUCAGCCUGUUAUCGGAGAUUCGCAAGAAACGUCGAAAAAACCCAAGGAACUCGAGCAUCAAGAAACACCAACUGAAGAUCAUACCAUCAUCAGCAAAACUCCAGAAUUUGAAGAAACCGUGGUGACGGAAACAUUCAAAACUGAACAGCCUUCAUCACCAGAAGUUGGGAAAGAAACAACUGAGUCUGUGAUAGUACAGGCUACCAUAACAGGAACUCUAGGAGUUGAAGAAACUCCACUAGUUACAUCUGUCAGUGAAAAGCCUACACGAAAAACUCCAGAAAAUGAGUACAUUGAAGGUGGAAUUGAAGGAACUACAGUAGUCCUAACAUCUAUCACCGAAAAGCCUGCAUCGAAAACUCCCGAAACUGCUGUGAAUGAAAAACCUCCAGUAGAUAAUGCUGAAGAAAUAAUUGUGGUACCACAAACCGUUACCUCAAAAACUCCCGAUAUUGAAAAAAGUGCCAAACCAAGAAUACCUGGAACUGGAAAAUCUGAAAUCGCUGAAAAACCAUCGUCAGCAGAUAUUGGCAAAGAAGAAAUCAUUGUCCCACCGACCAUCAUCAGAAAAACUCCAGAAACUGACGAAAUUAAGAGAGAGGAAACUGUGAUAGAGACAUCUAUUGUUAAACAAGUUUCUCUUCCUGAAGUGAAACAAACAAUGAUGAAUAUUGAAAAAGUUGGUGUCGAGGGUAUAAAUGCCAAUGUUAUAAAAGAAAAAAUUCCCUCUUUGCUUUCACUAACGCAUGACUUCAUUUCGUCAGAAAAAAGACACUCUCCAGGAUUCAUACGAGAAAAACAAACUGAUACCGACUCUGCUGUAACACAAAAGGAAGACGACUCGGAAACUACAGAGGUCUCUGAACUACCCAAAUCACAAACACUUCCUGAAGUUAAACAUGAAGAAAUAUCUGAUCCAAAUGAAGAAAUGAAAAUUGAGGUUGAGAAAAAAGUUCCCUCUCCAGAAGUGGCUCCAAUGCAGAUUACGGAAGAUACAAGGAAUAGUAUUUCACAGACUCAAGUAGUAUCUGAAUCGAAACUAACCUUAGAACCAAUUCAGAUGAGUAGUGAAACUGUAGAAAUAGUAGAUGAACCAAAUCUUGAAUCAAAGGAAAUCACAACACACACUACUAUCUCAACACCUGUUUCUAAAGUCACAGAAAUUAUUGAAUCAGAAGUUGCGAAAACACCGUCAUUUAAAGAAAUGACAAUUCAAGAAACAGAACUAGUAACUUCAGUGGCAUCCCUUCCUUCUGGAAACGUGGAAAUGUUUUUGUCAAUCGAAGAGCAACGACCUCAUAUUACUAUUUUAUCGCAAUCUUCAAAGAAAGUAUAUUCAGAACCUGAAAAGGUUACGGCGCAAUUCAAUAUGACAGAUUUUCUGGAAAGUGAGAGAAAAGCUACUAGUCCAUUUUCGAAAACUAUUGAGGACUUUGGAACUGAAAUAGAAACAGUGGAAAAGGCGAAGGAAACUUUUGAGGAAAAAAUCGAAGAGCAAUCUCCGGAUGAAAGUAUCAAAUCAAAAGAACCAUCUCCAAUUCAAAUCCCUGAAUCUAUAGUUGAUGAUGAAAAAAUAGUUCAGUCCUCUCCAAAAGAAGAAAUCGUUUUCACGGAAAUUCUGAAGCCAAGAGAUGCUGGUCAAGAAGUAAACAUAGUUCUGUCACUGGAAGAAAAGUAUGAUGAUGCUACAAUCGCCACUCCUAAAUUAUCUGUAGCAAUGAAAAUCGAGGAAGAUAUAGAUCAUGUCGCUCCCGCUGAAAUUCUGCGAAAAGAUAUCCAUGUCCAGCUACCAACAAUAAUGUCUGAGAAAAUUGAAACCACAACAGUCACUGUUUCUUCACUUGAACCCAAACUCUCGGUAGAUCAUAAAGAAACAAAAACUCCAAGUGAUAUCGAUCACGGAGGCCGUGGAAGUAAGAAAAAGAAAAAGCAUAAAGAAAUGAAAUCUCCAACCCCAGUAUUGAAAGAAACACAAGAAGAAAUAGUCAAAGAAAAUCUCGAUGCCUCGGCAGUAGAAGAGAAAUUAGCAUUAAAGGUAGAUGUUGUGGAACAAAAACCAGACAAACCUGAAGAUCCGGUAAUAGAUAAAAUGCCAGAGGACAACGUUAAUAUUGAAAAAAAGACUCCAGAAAAACAAGAAGAUUCUAUAGUUGAGGAAGAGUCGGACAAAGAGAAUAUGGUAGAUGGAAAACCGGAAUCCGUGAUAACAUCACUGGCUGAGUCAACUGACAUAUCGGUUCCUGAAGAUUCCUUGCGAUCCGAAACUCCAAAACCUACGGUGGUUAUAUUUGAAUCUGUUACAGAGUCUGAGGAGGAUAUUUCUCAAGGCAAAGAUACUGGUUAUGAAGCGGAUAAAACGACAGUUGAUGAAAGCUUAGCCGAUGAAGAUGAUGCGGAGAAGAAAAAGCGUCGCAAAAAGAAAAGGAGGCAAAAAGUCAAAGUGAAAGAAUCUGAGGAAUCCAACGUGCCUAAGUCUGCGUAUGAAUCAUCACCUGUCGGACAUUCUGUUCCCCUAACAGAUGAAGAAGUGCCGAAACGAAUGGAAGAUAAGCCGGAAGAGACUAAAAAAUCGAAAAAACGAAAGAAUAAAGGCAAACGGAAGCAAUCUGAGAGCGAGUUAGAAUCUGAGAACACAAUUUUCGAAGCGCGGGAUGAAGAAAUUGUUUCCCCCAAUGAGUCCUAUCAUACGAUUUCUACUCCCUCGGAGCUUGGCACUGUUAAAAUAAUCGAAGAAUGUUCUCUGAACAGACCUUACAGUGAAUCACCUCGAAAUUUAACGUCGGAAAUUGUCACAACUGUCCCGGUGUUGGAAGCUAUUGUCACCCAAGAAACAAUUUCACAAACUUCUCCUUUGAAGGAAGUCACUUCACAAUUUUUGGAACAGGAAGUACGUUGCAUUGAAAAAUCGCCAGAACCUAUUCCUGAAAUUUCAAAAGAACAAGUUUCGGUUCAGACUUCUCCUGAGAUACCAAAGGAAACUGCUGAAAUAUCUAUGCAAACGAUUGAAGAACCUAAACCUGUCGAAGUCACUAAACCAGAAAUUCAAGAGAGCUCGACCCAAAUUGAAAUUUCCACAACUGAAAUAGUUACUCAGACCACACCUGUAGCCAAAUCUCCUGAAGAUAAAAUCUUCAGAGAUACCAUCGAAACUUCUAUCCAAACGGUUUCACCAAUCCGAACUGAAGUGACGGAGGAAUAUGCACAAACUGUCACACCAGAAGUGGUUGAGUUGUCAAGAAUAGACUCGGCUAUGCAAACGAAAGUAGAGAGCCACGAAGAGUAUGCUCAAACAAAAUCACCUGAGAAGAUCGUUACGUCUGAAAUAGCCUCACAAAUACAACCAGAUUUGACAGAGUGCGCUCUGCAAACUUCGCCUGAACCUUCAGCUCCUCCGUUAGAAGAAUUUGAGGAAUUCACAAGAUUAAUUGAACCGAUGAAGAAGGUAGAAACUGCUGAAAUAGUAACACAAACCAGUCCUGUUGUCAUCACAGGCGUUGGCGAUUUAUAUACACCAAGUCCCACUCCAUCUCCAAGUGUAUCUGAACAAUAUGAAAUACACGUUGAAGCUUUAGUAACGGUUCCACCUGAUGGAUCAGAGUCCAUGAGUGAAAAGAUUGACUCGGAGCCUCUUGAAAUUUCCAAAGAAGUUCGUGAGUCACAAAUUCUUGUACGAUCAGAAUCAGAAACUCCAGUAGUCACAGCAGAGUGGAAAACUGACACAGAAUCUGACGGGUCUCCUGAAGAAUUCGACGUGCAAGUGUCUGUUGGAGGAGUUACAGUCGAUAAACAUUCCUUCGUUACUAGUUUCAUCGAUUCAGAGAGGAACGAUGACAUUCCUGCCAAAUCGAAAAGGAAACGUCACAAGAAAUCCAAAAAUGUGACCAAGGAUUCUGAACCAAGAAUCGAGAAAAAUCUGUUGGCGGAAUUCCAAAGGCAAAAUACCGUACAGGAUACUCUGGAUCCGAAAGUUUUGUAUUCUGAUGUUGCCAGGAGGUCCAGGUCAUCUUCUCCUGUUCGACAAGGUGAAACUAUCAAUGAAAGUCAUAAAAAAGUACCAAACGUAGCAGAUGGAACACAAUUAGAUGAUCAAAGUACAUCCAUCGGUUCACCUACAAAAUCAGAUGAAACGACAGUUGAAGAGAAGCUUCCACAGAAAUCUAUACUAACAGAAAGAAUAAAAGUUACUGCUGGAGUUCCAGUGAAAGAUAUAACAGAAGUCAAAACUGUUAUUACAGAACAACGUAUCGCAAAGAAAGCAGAAGAUAAAGUAGAUGAAGAUGCAAUAUCAAAAGUACCGGAAAAUCACCAAACUGAGGUUGUAUCGAAAGUACUAACAGAUUUGGACAGAAAUAAAAUCAAAAAAAUAACUGAAACCAAAAAACCUAAAGAAUUUGAUCUGGAAGAACAAACAACAACUGUAAAUAUUUCUAUAACAGUUCCUCCGGAAUCUGAAACCACCAGUCCAGAAUUGAUGAUAAUUUCCAAAGAUAUCCUAACCACCAGAGGAGAAUCCACUGAACCUGCAACUUUCACUGUAGACUCCAUUUUGACUGAGGCCAAACUGACAAACCCGGACUUAGUUCCGAAAUCCCACGUCGAAGAAGCGUUAUUGGUAAAAUCUGGUGUAACUCGUGAACCGAACAGAAUCGUGUCAACAGUGGAGUUUUUGGAAACAGAAAAAAUCCAAUCGGAGCUGGAUGAUCGCAAAACUGUAGUCAUCUCUGACAAACCUAUGGAAACACCUUUACAAGCUUCAGAACAAACUCCAAAGAUUCACACUCAAAGUCAGCCGGAAGAACGAAAACCGAAACAAGGUGCGACAAAACCAAAAACCAAGGGUAGACACGUUUCUUCUGUCACUAUUGAAGAAGUAGAGUCUCCAACUAUCAUUCCCGAUACCCCUCUGACACCUGCAUCAGAUGCUGGACCUCUUUCGCCACCUGAUUACUCUACUACCGUUUGGAAAGAACCCUCGCACAAAGAUGUAACGCAAACGUUUAUCCAUGCCGAAUCACAAAACCCAGUAGCUCUCAAAGAAGUGAAUAUAAAAUGGAAUCAGACGCUUGCACUGGAAAGGUUCAAGAACCUACAAAACGCUAAAAAGACAACGCAUCUGAGUGAUGUACUAUACUUAGCAACGUUGAACGAAAUAAUUACUGACGAAACAGUCGAACAGCGUAACUACAACAUCCAAGAAAAUCUUGUCGUUUUGCAGAAUGCAGUCGAAAAGAGGGACGUGGUUGUAAUCCAACAGACCAUCAUCACCACAGUCGAAACUAUCACCACCUGGUUAGAAACCAUUGAAUACAGGAUAUACGUCAACAGACAACAAACGUCCGAAGGUCCUUCCAGAGAAAGGGUACAAGAGUUCAACGAUCUCCGACAAGAAAUUGCUAAUAUCGAAACUAAAGUGGAACAGCUGCAGACCGUGAUGAGUCAAACUGAUAACAUCUACAACGAAGACGACAGGCAACGCAUGAAGAGCUACAUCGACUCUUUGCAACAACAAGUCAGAGUAAUCGAAGAAGUUACUCAAGAAAAUGAACAACUAGCAGCAGGAGAUCUGAGAAGAUGGAACGAAUUCAUUAACGGAGUGACUAAUGUCAGUGGAUUGGUGAGGGAGCUGAAGAGGCAACUCAGCGAAUUGAAAGACUCAGAUGCAUCUCCUCAAACAAAAUUGAGUGAGCUGGAUCAACUAGAAAUCUGUAACAGAGGACACAUGAUGAAGGUAGCGAAUCUAGUAGCAUCCGCUAAGAGCCUGAUGCGAGAUUUCCCGACGAAAGAAAUACCUAGAGACGUUUACGUCAGCAAUGAGUUGACCAAACAGAUUGAGCAGCAGAUCGCUAUAGAAAGGGAGAAGGCUUACCAAUUCCUGUCUCUCGCCGAUGACUACGAACAAACUCUGAAAGAAUUUAGUCAGAUAAUACUAAUUGCGGAAGCUCUUGUUGAAAGCCCUAUUACUGUUCGCAACCUAGAGCAUCUAGAAGAUGAAAUGCAGAAUCACCGGAAAUUUUUUGUGAAUCUUAGUCAUUGUCGAGCAAUUUUAGAGUCCCUAGAGGAAAAUCUAGAUUCUGAAACGAGAGCUAUUCACACCCAGCUACAUCAAAACCUAUAUGAAAGAGCUAAAGUUAUUUUGGAUAAAUCAACCGGUCGAUUCCAGCUAAUGUCUUUAGCAGCCUCUAGAUGGACGGUCCUAGAACAAAGCACUAGGGAAGAAAUGCGCUGGUUACAAGUAGCCCAACAGAGAGUGCCUGACCUUAACAAUGUCACUUCUUCAGACUAUGAUAGAUUCAUAGAUCUUUUCAACUCCCUUGCAGCCGACAUAGAUUAUCACCAUGCCAAACUGAGUCAUCUCAACUGCGUGGCUGAGAAAUUGCAAGAGCUCGUGUACUGUUCCGGGCUAGAGCAAGCCUAUGCAGAAUCCUUAGAAAUUAUCCAGAAGCUUGAGGACGACGUUCAGCACAACCUUGAACGUUUAUUAGCAUUCAGAGAUACUUGGAUGGCUUACAAUAUGUUGAGCGAUAGAGUGGAAUGUUGGCUCAAGGGCGCAGAAAUGCAGUUGAUGAAAAUAGAAGUACCGUCUGGUCCCAGAGGACAUCUGAGGCAAUUCUGGGAACUCAAAGCACAACAUGAGGUCCAUAAUAUCGUCAGAAUGAAUGCAUCGAAUGCUCUGGAGAAAUCCCUACAAAUCGUACCUGUAAGCGACGAAAUGUUCCAGCGCAGGAGCAACUCUGAACUGAAUACACAGUGGCAAGAGGUGUCAAAGAGAAUCAGCGACAUCGAAGGUUCUAUCUUAGACACGAUAUCUGCCACUGAUGUCCCUGUCAACGAAAAACUCGCCUUCUUGGAACAGGAACUUCAGGACCUCAACACAGACGUGCGCGACUUGAAGGGAAUCAUAAAAACCGAGGAGGAACUGAACUUGUACGUGGAACGAUUACAGAUAAUGUCCACUAGACUCGAGACGAUUCAGAACGAGCUGAGCAGACUAGGUUUGCUGUCCGCGAAUGAAUCCGACAAGGUCGGUUCUCUCUUGGCACUGUCGAAGCAACUGGAAAUCAUUAUCGUGGAAGAACUAGAAGGCGGAAUCCUGGUAAAAGAACGUCUGCAGGCCAUCCAAAAAGGCCUCGAUCGAGUACGCAGGAAGCACUCGGAUCUAAACAAAGAUCUCGACCAAUGCGAAAGCGCUGAGAAACUAGGAAGCGACUCCAUUGAACGAGCUGUACAUGAGUGCUGCGAGGUGGGAGAAGAACUGGUAACCCUUUGGCAAGACCUGAUGAGCAUCCGCCAGAUGCUCCACACGCUUCCCAUGAGGUUGAAGGUCACCGUUUCUCCUGUGACCAUCGAAAAGGACAUCUCCAAAUUGCAAGACGAUCACACUGCUCUGGAGAAGAAAUGCGGUCAAAUUCUGGCGUUGCUCAGGAGCCGCUUGGCUUUGUGGCAGAGAUUCGAACGUCAGUUGGAGAUGGUGCAGCAGAGCGUCCAAGAAGCGGAUUUCAUGGUGGAGUUACUGACCGUUCAAGGGAAGGUAGAUUACGAGAGGUUGAGAAAGGCAACAGAGAGGUUAGAGAGCGUAUCAGGAGAUCUAGUUUCUCGCGAGACCCUCGUAGCGGAGCUGAAGAACGCUGCCAAACCUUUGGCCGAUAGUUGCGCUCCGGAGGUAUCCGCCAAAAUCGAAGCCGCAGUCAAGGAAGCUGUGACUGCUUAUGAAAACACUUGCAGCAACCUCAAGGAGUUGUGCACCAAGUACCACCACGCUGCCGAUCUGUGGAAGCAGUACAAGGAAGCAUCUGACUUGGUGAAAGAAUGGAUUGAGAAUCCAAUGGAGUCGGUAGAGAAUUUGGAGCCCGAUGAGGCCAUCGAAAAAGUCAAGGUAUGCGAAGAGUCUCUAGCUGCACAUACCAGACGGCUCUCCGAUUUGCAGCAGCUUGUUUCCGGCAUCGCAUCAGCAGUGGGAUUGGACGCCAAGUCUCUCUUAGGAGGAGAAGUCCAGGCUCUUGGAAAACGUCUAGAAGACGUCAGAGAAUCGCUUACGGCACUCGCUGACGUUGCUGAAGCUAAGGCCAAAGCUAAAAAUGACGCUCAGAAGGAGAUCAACGGGACCAGGAUAUAUUUGGAUUCUGUACAACAGAGCAUCAACAGCCUUGACAGCACUGACACAGACGACACAAAUAAUGAAGAAAAGCUUCUUGUUUUGAGAGACCACCUGCUGGCCUUGAGCAAAGCAGAAGGUCAGAUACAGCAGAUCAAAAACAAAACCGUAGAAGUGUCGACAACGAAAACUGAAACUUCAGUCCUAGAAAUUCUGGAGCUCUGGCAACAAGUUUUCAGAGAAACCUUUCAGCAGUACCAUCGUUUGAGCACUCGACUAGUAAAGAAUGAAGACGGAGCUGCAGCACUAAAACUAUGGCAAGAGUACCUGAUGAACGUUCAGCAGUUCUUACAAGGCACUAUUCCUGGCGAUUAUCAUAGUUUAUCUGAUCACCAACACCUUUGUCAGAUACACCAAAACCUACUCACCACACAACAAAACGUACUCAAACCAGACGAAAAGAAGGAUAGUCAGUUGGCCAGCGGCUUGGUCGAAAGUACCGUUAUGGAACAGUUUAAUUCGUUAACGAACCUCCACAACGAAACCUUGUCGAGUAUCAUGGACAGACACUCUGAAGUCCAAAAGCGUCUGAACGCUUGGGACAAAUACAAACAAGACCAAAAUAAGUUGCUGAACUGGCUGAAAGCUAUAGAGAAAGAGCGGGAGCACAUGCAGUUGAGGUAUAUGCACAUCAGACGAAUUCCCAAGUUACUUUCGCUAAUUCAAAAUCUCCUAGACAAGAUUCCUCAAGGGGAGGAUCAAGCAGAAAACCUGCAAAAGCAACAGAACUUACUACUACAGUUCUGCGACGACGCUCUUGCCACGUCCAUCAGAAUGGAGCAUGUCGCCAUCAAGCAACGCAUUUCCAAUUUGCAGGCUGGUCUUGAAACUUGGAAAGAGUUCUUGGAACGAAUAACGCUGUUAGUUAAAUCUUACGAGAAUCGUGUUGAAAAAGUCCAAAAAGUUUUAGACGACGUUCAGCAGGCUGUUGAAAUUAGCUCCAAUUUCGAAACCUCUCACACGUGGGUUAGCAAUAAACUGCAAGUUCUGCAGAUGACGAGAGAUCGGCUGAACACUUCUAAGAAAGACCUGGAACAACUUGCGCUGACGCAAGAACAACUGAAGGAGUGCCUCAGCCCGUCUGAUAUGAAAACUGUCAAUCAAAGGAUUUGGUUGCUGUGGAACCAAUAUGGUGACCUAGACCACCAGAUGGCGACUCUCUGUCACCAGCUGGAAGACAAAUUAGGCGUACGAUCCAUGUUCGAGUCUAGACAUGCCAAGUUCAUCGCGUGGGUUAACGAAUUAGAACAUAGACUAGAUAAAGAUUACGACGACAGCUCAACACCGAUGGACCCUAAAGAACUACUGAGGAAACUCGAGACUGAAUUGCAAGCUGAAAUGGCUCUCAAGGAACGCGAGUACAGCUGGCUGCUCAAAACCGGCAAGGAAAUCGUUGAUUCAUGCGGGGAUGAAUAUGCCGAUGUUACAGCCAGGCAGAUCUUCCAAACCCGAACUGAAGAGGUUUCCGAGCGGUGGAAUAGAUUAGAAAGCAUUGGUAAGAGUCGAUUCAACAAAAUCAACGAUGCCUUGCAAACAAUUUUACAACUGGAAGAGCGGAUAGCGAAGAUGAGGGCAUGGCUUAGCCAGAUCGAAGUGCAACUAGCGAAACCUUUGGUGUUUGAAGCCAGCACCCAAGAUGUUAUUGAUAGAAAGCAACAGGAUCACGAGAAGCUGAAAAAGUCGAUCGAAAACGAGAGUGGAAACGUGGGCGAACUACUUAACUUGUGUGAGCUGGUGCUAAAUGAUCCAGAAGUAAUGAAAUCCAACUUCCCUGUUGACAAUAUGAGUCGAGCGGUUACAAGUCUUGAAAAGCGUUGGAAAAGCGUAUGCGGCCAGUCUGCCGAACGCAAGAGAAAAAUUAAUUUCAUUUGGAAACUUCUUCAAGACGUUGCGAAGCUAAGCGGCGAACAAGAUAAGUGGCUUGCCAAAAAGGAACAUAGUCUCAAAGAGCUAGAUAAACCCGCCGACAGCUUGGGUAGGGAAGAAAUCCAACAACUCAUCUACGUCGUGGAAAACGAAAUCAAGGAUAUCGAAUCUCGAACACCUGCCUUCCAGAUACUUUGUCAUACUUACUCAAAGCUUGUCACAGCUCCAGGUAUCGAACCCGCAAACAUAAAAGAACUCACUUCGAAGGCUCGUGUUAUCGUGGUCAGGUGGGAAAAUCUGAUGCCCAAAGCUCAAGCUUUGUUGCAACGGUUGCAGAACGAACUGACUCCUUUCAAAGAGUUCUCUUUGGCUCAUGAAGACGCAAUAGUGGCACUCACGAAACUAGAUGCGCAAAUAACAGAAUUACAACACCUGUCGCCUCCUGAUAAAGUUUCUCCCGUGGACAGACUGAAAAAACUCCAAUCCAUUGAGAGGAAACUCACCUCGCAAACUCCCAACCUCGAAACGGCCGACAGGCUUGGCCUACAAAUUAUGAAAAAGAGUAGUAAGAAAGAGGUGGAAGAGAUUCAAGAGAUGAUCGACGAAUACCAGAUCUUAUGCAGAAACCUGCACGAGAGGAUAACGUAUAUCAAGACUGAAAUCAAGAAAGAAAAGCCCCAAAAACCUCUGGAGGUUGACGAAAGCGUUCAGGUGGAGACUCUAAAAUUCGAAAGAGACACUGCUGUUCAAGUAAACACUCUGCCUCCUCAGCUGCAGAGGAUGACGUCGAUAAGCGCCAAAGAUGCCUAUUUGGUGGAGUUGGAAGCCGCGCUAGUCGAGUGCAGAACCAACAUCGAGUCGCUGGAAGUCGCAGUUCAUAAAGAAAUACCGAAGCAAGGUUCUUCGGAGCUACCGACGAGUAGUAAAAAGAUCUCCAGAAUGUCUGCUAGAUGCCAGGCCAGUACGGAACUAGUGAAGCAUCUUCAUGACCUGCUCAUAAACGAGUGCGAAGCUACUGAGAUCGAGGCUUGCGGUGAGGAAGUUUUCGAACUUAUCGAAAGGUACAAGAAUUUAGUCGUCUUGGCGAAAGAGAAGGAACAAAAAUUACGAGAGCUGAGAACUACUGUCUCCGAUGCUUAUAACCUCGUAUGCACACACGAGGCCGGGCGAAUACUCUGCCCUCUUUGCACGAAACGUAACUGGGCCCAGCUUGACAAUGAUCUCUGGCGCUUAGAGAAAUGGUUGCAAGUAGCUGAAGGAACUCAAAAAUCUCAGAAGAACCCUCCGUCCAAUAUUGAGCAUCUCGAAGAUGUUGUCCAAGACCACCGGGAGUUCCUUCUGGAUCUGGACAGCCAUAAGAGUAUAGUAAGAUCUCUGAAUAUCGUCGGAACUCAUCUGGCGGAUCAUACUGAAGAUACUACCAAAGCAGACGAAUUACGAUCUAGAUUAGAAGCCGACAAUAAAAGAUGGGACGUCAUCUGUAGGCAUGCCACCGAUUGGCAGGUCAAUUUGCAGUGGGCUCUGAUGAAUAAUCAACAAUUUCACACCAUCAUUGCAGAACUCUGCGCCUGGCUAGAAACUAACGAGAAGAAAAUUCGCGCUUCCGAACCAGUUGACCUGACAGCUCCCUUAGAAACCGUAGAAGCGAAAUACCAAAGGUUCCUCGAGCUCAGAGCAGAACUCGAGAGAUGCGAGCCGAGAGUCAUGAGUCUCCAAGAAGCAGCGAACCAGUUGCUUAGAGAAGAAGCUCCGGAAGGAGCAGGCACCAUCUACCGGCGACUGACCGAACUGAGACUCAAACUGCAGUCUCUGAUCAAACUCACGGGCGUUUAUACCCUCAAGCUGGGGGCUGUGUUGGGGCGAGACCCCAACGAAAUCGGAACUCUCGAAUCAUCUGGCCAAUCAGCCGGAAUACAGUCACUCAGUUAUGAUCCUUUGGACCGACCUAGUGGGGACCUACCGUCAGCAUCUACACCAGAUGACACCUCUCACAAUGGUUCUGAAGACGAAGAAGAAAUUAACACGUCAGUACUAAGAAGAGGGUGUCGGUUCUUAGGUAGAGUGGUGCGAGCUUCAGUGCCAAUCCAGGCGCUAAUGCUUCUCAUGUUAGGCGCCGCAUCAUUAGUUCCUUUCACUGAAGAUGACUAUUCUUGUUCGCUAGUCAACACUAUAGCUAAUAGUCUUACGCCUACUCUGAGAUAUAAUGAUGGACCGCCGCCAAUAUAAGCCAUUUGAAAUCCUCUACUACUGCGAAUACUCCACAAUUCAUUCCAAUUUAUUUGAAGACUUUAACACACAUUUUGUUUGAGUCCAAAAGGAGAAAAUUUUGUUGAAAUCUUCAACAGUUUUUUAUCGAUAUUAUUUAGUAUUUAUGUAAAUAUAUGUGACUUAUUUUACGAUUCGGCAGGUUAGAAAGCACGUCGUUAAUCUUGAAUUUUGAAUAUUCUUUUAUAUAUAUAGUUCUAGGUUUUGUAUCGUUAGGAGUGUACAUUUCAAUGACUUGUCUGUAUAUUGGGAUAGCACAAACGUGUGAAGAAAUGAUAUAUUUUGUAUUGUUAUUUUAUGAUAUUUAACGAAUGGUUGUGAAAAUUAAGAGUUGUGCACCAAAGGAGUGGAACACUUUGGUUCACAAAAAAUUAAUUUUUUCUGUGAUGAACAUCUCGAUUUGUGAAAAACAACUGGGAAUGAAAUGGUCUCUCCACAUUUCACACCCCACCCGUCAGAACAAAAAGUCAUGUAAUUUUUCUCUCCAGAAUUGCAUGAUUUCGCUCGUAUAGAAUUUCUCCCGAUUCAAAUACGAGUUUUGGAAUUAUUAUCGAGAUAUAUAUACUUUUGCCUUAUUAUUUUUUUUAUAUUCAUCGUUGCUUCUGCAUAUAUUAUUUUUACGGUCACGGUGCUAUGAUUUUUGUUAACUAAGCCGUGUAACAUUUCGAUUGCUUUCAAACUAUAGACUUGCUUGAAAUGUGUUUAGAAAACAUUUAUGACAAAAAAAGGAUUG